AGGAGGAGUUUGGAUGUGGGACUAUAAAAGGGGAGCGUUGCAGUCCUGAACUCUACAUUGACAGCUCCUCAGAAUUCGGGGGGCCAUGUCCGCAACUCCUCUGUGGCUGCUGGCCUCACUGGCCUUUACCUUUUUGUCAUCUGUGAUUCAUGCUGCUCCAUUGAAGGUGAUGUCUGCCCCCAACCUGCUGCGGGUAGGAACAGCAGAAAAUAUUUUUGUGGAGUGUCAAGACUGCACUGGGGGCGACAUACAGGUGGACAUAAGCGUGAUGAACCAUCCAACCAAAACCAAAAAACUUGGCUCAGUAUCUGUAACCCUCAAUAAGGGCAACAACUUCCAAGCGUUUGGUGAAGUUACGAUACCGACAGCUGACUUUAAUCUAGAUCCCAAUACGAAGCAGUAUGUAUACCUGCAAGCUCAAUUCCCCGACCGACUCUUGGAGAAAGUUGUGUUAGUCUCUUUCCAGUCUGGAUACAUUUUUAUCCAGACGGACAAGAAUCUCUACACCCCUGACAGCACUGUGAACUACAGGAUGUUUGGAGUGACCCCUAACAUGGAACCUGUUGAGAGAGAUCUCCAAAAUCAAGCUGAUGCUGCUGCUAUAAUCAUUGAAAUGAUGACCCCCGAGGAUAUCGUUUUACCACUUGAAUCAGUCUUCCUGAAGACAGGGAUCUACUCUGGAAAUUAUAAACUUGCUGAAGUUGUCAGUCCCGGUCUGUGGAAAAUUGUUGCCAAGUUCCAAAGUCACCCACAGCAAAGCUUCACUGCACAGUUUGAAGUUAAAGAGUAUGUGCUACCCAGUUUUGAAGUCAAAUUGUUGCCUUUUGUGCCGUUCUUCUACCAGGAUAGUCAAGAGUUUGCUGUUGACAUCAGAGCCACGUAUUUAUUUGGGGAAGAGGUAGAUGGAACUGCCUUUGUGGUGUUUGGGAAUCUAAAGGAUGGCGAAAAGAGGAGCUUUACUGAAUCUCUUCAGUCAGUGCCUAUCGAGAGAGGCCGCGGAGUGGCCACACUCAAGAGAGCGCAGAUAACACAAGUCUUCCCCAACAUUGAUGAGUUGGUGGGAAGUUACAUAUUUGUGUCUGCCAGCGUAUUGACGUUAAGCGGUAGUGAAAUGGUAGAGGCGGAGUUGAGAGGAAUCCAGAUUGUCACUUCUCCUUACAGCAUCCAAUUCCAGAAGACGCCCAAGUAUUUCAAACCAGGGAUGUCCUUUGAUGUGACGGUUAAGGUUUUGAAUCCUGAUGAUACUCCAGCACGUGAUGUUCCUGUGGUGGUGCACCCAGGUGAGGUACAAGGAAUAACCUCAGACAACGGCGUCGCCAAGCUCACUAUCAAUACAGUUGCGCGGGACCCAGUUUUGAAGAUCAAAGCAAACACCAAUGAUCCAAAAAUUCUCAGAGAAAGGCAAGCAGUCGCCCAAAUGGAGGCCCGCCCAUAUCAGACAAACAGCAAUUCUUACAUCCACAUAGGGGUGGACACUGCUGAGCUGGAUUUAGGAGAUAACCUGAAAAUCAAUCUUAAUCUAAACAGGCCACCAGCUGGAGAUACUGACAUAACAUACUUGAUCAUUGGCAGAGGAAAACUGGUGAAACAUGGUCGUCACAGGACGAUAGGCCAAGUUCUGAUCUCCAUCAUCGUUCCCAUUACUAAAGACAUGUUGCCAUCAUUCCGGAUCGUAGCUUACUACCGUCCAAAUAACAAUGAGGUGGUGUCAGAUUCUGUUUGGGUGGACGUGAAGGACUCCUGCAUGGGCACGCUCAAACUGGAAUCAACUAUACCUGCACCAUCCUUUGAGCCUCGCAAACUAUUUGGACUUAAGGUCACUGGAGACCCAGAGGCCACUGUGGGCCUGGUAGCAGUGGACAAAGGUGUUUUUGUUCUGAACAAGAAGCACCGCCUGACCCAGAAAAAGGUUUGGGAAACUGUGGAAAACGAUGACACAGGCUGUACGCCAGGUGGAGGAAAGGACGCAAUGAGUGUGUUUUACGAUGCUGGGCUGGUGUUUGAGACUAACAGUGGACAAGGAACACCUUACAGAAAAGAGCUGAAAUGUCCAUCACCACCACCCAGCAAGAAAAAACGAGCUACAACUCUGUUAGAGGUCACUACAACAUUAGCUGGUAAAUAUGUCGGUACACAGAAGGAAUGCUGUCUGGAUGGCAUGGCGGAGACUCGUCUCUCAUACACAUGUGACAUACGCAGCGAGUACGUUAUUGGUGGACCAGAAUGUGUUGAGGCCUUCCUGUUUUGCUGCAAAGAGUUGGAAGGCCAGAGAGCUGACAUGAAGCAAGAUGCUCUCGUCAUAGCUCGGAGUGAGAAGAGUGAUCACAUCUACAUGGACAACAUUGAAAUUGUUACACGCACAAAUUUCCCUGAAAGCUGGCUUUGGUCUGAUAUCAAACUGCCUCCUUGUCCUCAACAUGCGUCAAACUGUGACACCACAUCACACUUGACUUACGUGCCGAUGCAAGACUCCAUCACAACAUGGCAGUUCAUGGGUAUCAGUCUAUCCAAAACUCAUGGAAUCUGUGUUGGUGAACCCUUAGAAGUAAUUGUAAGGAAGAAUUUCUUCAUUGACCUCAAGCUUCCUUAUUCGGCUGUCCGCGGAGAACAGAUUGAAAUCAGGGCAAUCCUCCACAACUACAGCCCUGAUGAGAUCACAGUGCGUGUGGAUCUGUUUGAGACAGCGGACGUGUGCAGUGCUGCUUCCAAGCGCUCAAAGUUUAGGCAGGAGGUUGAAAUGGGAGCCCAAACUACUAAAGUUGUACCCUAUAUCAUCAUUCCCAUGAAAAAGGGAAAGUUUGGUAUCGAGAUCAAAGCAGCUGUGGCCGGAUCUCAUCUUGGUGAUGGAAUAAUGAAGGAGCUGAAUGUGGUGCAUGAAGGCGUCCUGACAAAAUCUCCUCAAGUUGUAACCCUCGACCCCACUAAAUUGGGUUCAAAUGGUAAACAGGAAGUCAUUAUAAACAGUCAAAUUCCCAAGAGUAAUAUGGUACCAGGCACAGACCCUUUCACACAGAUUUCUGUGAUUGGUAGAGAACAAGUGAGUGUACUGGUGGAGAAUGCUAUAGCUGGAACAUCAAUGGGUAGUCUGAUUUAUCAGCCCGGAGGUUGUGGCGAGCAGAACAUGAUCCACAUGACCCUGCCUGUAAUUGCAACCAUAUAUUUGGACAAGACCAACCAGUGGGAAACUGUGGGCUUUCAAAAACGCAAUGAAGCCCUGCAGCAUAUAAAAACAGGCUACAAAAAUCAGCUUGCUUACCGGAGGAAUGAUGGUUCUUUUGCUGUAUGGGCCGGGAAGGUGGGGAAGGGUAGCAGUUGGCUGACGGCCUAUGUUGCCAAAGUGUUCGCCAUGGGCAACCAAGUAGCGGCAGUGCAAAGAAAUGUGAUCUGUGAUGCUGUCAAGUUUCUCAUUCUCCAUGCACAACAACCUGAUGGCAUGUUUAGAGAAGUAGGCACGGUGUCUCACGGCGAGAUGAUUGGUGACAUUCGCGGUGGAGACUCAGACGCCUCUAUGACAGCCUUCAAUCUCAUUGCAAUGCAGGAGUCACGCCCACUUUGCUCUGACACUAUUAAUAGUUUGGAGGACAGCGAAAACAAAGCUAUUGCUUAUCUGGAAAAACGUCUGCCCAGCCUCACCAACCCAUAUGCUGUAGCCAUGACAUCAUAUGCUUUAGCAAAUAAGAAUAAACUGAACAAAGAGAUCCUCUACAAGUUUUCUUCAUCAGACUUUAGCCACUGGCCUGUGCCUAAGGGUCAUAUUUAUACAUUGGAGGCAACAGCCUAUGGUCUUCUGGCUUUAGUGAAGGCUGGGGCCUUUGAAGACGCCAGACCUGUGGUGCGAUGGUUCAACAAACAGAGGAAGGUUGGUGGAGGCUUUGGGUCAACUCAGGCUACAAUCAUGGUAUAUCAAGCCAUAGCAGAAUAUUGGACCAAUGCCAAAGAGCCAGACUAUGAUCUGAAGGUGGACAUUGAUCUACCUGGCAGAUCAAGACCUAUCAAAUUUAACUUCAACAAGCAAAAUCACCAUGCUUCGAGAACAUCUGAAAUGAAGGGAAUUAACCAGGAUGUGAAAGUAACGGCCGAAGGGAGUGGAGAAGCAACAUUUACAAUGGUGUCGCUGUAUUAUGCCCUGCCUUCCGAAACACAAAGUGACUGUCAGGACUUUGACAUGACAGUUAAGCUUAUCCCUGAAAGAAUUACCGAGGAAGAGAAGAUAUACAAGCUAAAAAUAGAAGUCAUGUAUCUGAACAAAGAACAUGAUGCUACGAUGUCAAUCCUCGACAUUGGCCUGUUGACUGGCUUCCGUGUGGACGAUAGAGACCUGGGCUUGCUGUCUAAAGGUCAUGCUCCAAUCAUUUCCAAGUUUGAGAUUAACACAGUCUUGUCAGAGAAGGGCUCCCUCAUCAUCUACCUGAACAAAGUCUCUCAUAAGCGUCGUGAGGAAAUCAGUUUUAGGAUCAUCCAGACCAUGAAAGUGGGCAUCUUACAACCAGCUGCUGUGUCUGUUUAUGAAUACUACAAUCAGAGGCAAUGUGUGAAAUUCUACCAUCCAGAAAGGAAAGGUGGUCAACUCCUGAAACUGUGCACAAAGAAUGAGUGUACCUGUGCUGAAGAGAACUGCAGUCUUCAAAAGAAAGGUCAAAUCAGCAAUGAUUUGCGUGUAGAAAAGUCCUGCGAGAGUACCCCAACCAACAAGAUAGACUACGUGUACCAGAUAGAACUAGAACAAUUUAAAGAUGGCGGUUCAACUGACAUCUAUACGGCACGAGUGAAGCAAGUCAUCAAAGAAGGAAAUCAAGAUGUGGGUGCCCAAGGCCAACUGCGUACAUUCCUCAGCUAUCCUCACUGCAGGGAUGCUUUAGAACUGGACAUAGGCAAAUCCUACUUAAUCAUGGGUUCAUCGAGAGAUAUUCACAGAGACGACGAGAGAAAAACGUUUCAUUAUAUUCUUGGAGAAACAACCUGGAUCGAAUACUGGCCUACGACUGCAGAAUGUCAAACCCCACAGCACAGACCUACUUGCUUAGGCAUGGAGCUCCUGAUAAGGAAGUAUGAAGAUCGUGGAUGUGAACAGUAGUUAAAAGUCAAGAACAUCAACUGAAAAUAUUUUUCCAAUACUCUCAACAUGUAAAGCUUCCUUUAUUAUGUCAUUAAAUGUUACACAAAUUUCAUUAAAGUUAAAUGGUUGCAAAAA